AUGAACUCCAAGGUUUGUAUGUGUUUGGUGUUAGUCUCGUGGGUUACUGGAUUUUUCCAUGCCCUUAUGCAUGCUAUGAUGACUGCUAAGCUUCCAUUUUGUGGAUCAAAAUUGGUGAAACAUUUUUUUUGUGAUGUGAAGCCAGUGCUGAGCUUGGCUUGUGCAGACACUUCACUUAAUGAAGAGCUACUCAAUAAGGUCACUGGUACUUUAGGCACGACUUCCUUAAUCCUCACACUUCUCUUUUAUCUCUUAAUUGGUAAGUUUCUUAUAAAGAUACGAACAUCAGAAGGAAAGAAACGUGCCUUUUCCACCUGUAGUGCUCACCUCACAGCUGUUUCCCUUCAAUAUGGAACAGCUAUGUUUAUAUAUAUGCGACCAGCUACACAAGACUCGUUAAAUCAAGAGAGAGCAAUUGCAGUCAUCUUCACUGUCAUGACCCCAUUUUUAAACCCAAUUAUUUAUACAUUGAGGAACAAAGACAUGAAGAAAGCCGUAAACAAGUUGUUGGGAAGACCGAUAAUGUAA